AUACUGCUGCAGAACCGGCAGGGGAAGACGCGGCUGGCCAAGUACUACGUCCCGCUCGAGGACUCCGAGAAGCACAAGGUCGAGUACGAGGUGCAUCGGCUCGUGGUCAACCGGGACCCCAAGUUCACCAACUUCGUCGAGCUGGGCAACAUAAAGUGUUCUUCUGAAGCAUGUCUACUCAGUUUCUGAAACACGGCCAGAGGAAAAUGAGCUGUGUAAAACAUGAUAUCUUGGCAGCAUUCCGAGUAACUCCUCUGGCGGCAUGGGGAUGUCAAAAGGGAAGGGAUGGAGUUUUUCUCAUGUUCCGCACACACAAAGUUAUCUACAGGAGAUAUGCAGGACUUUUUUUCUCUAUGUGUGUGGAUAUCACCGACAAUGAGUUGGCAUACUUGGAAUGUAUCCAUUUGUUUGUUGAGAUAUUGGACCAUUUCUUCAGCAAUGUUUGUGAACUUGAUUUAGUAUUUAACUUCCACAAGGUAUACCUGAUAUUGGAUGAGUUUAUUCUUGCUGGAGAGCUUCAAGAAACAAGCAAAAAGGCAAUUAUAGAGAGGAUGGGCGAGCUUGAGAAGCUGGAAUAAGAAGAAGCAAUGUAGUGGUGUACAUUAGUGUAGGUCGGGAUAUAACCCAUCGAUGAGCCUGGUCUACCCAUUCCCCUUUUUGUACAAUUCUUUGUAGCUGUUGUAGAACUAACCUUUUGCUUCAGUUACACUUUUCGCGUGCUGUGAAUUUGUGCAAGGGUCCUUUAUCUGCGAGGUUAGUGACAGAUUGUUCUUAUAUAUAUAUGAGAUGGUUUGAGUGA